AUGCCCGAUAUUCCGAAAUAUAAUGGAAUCACGGAUCCAGAUGAGCACGUGACCUCCUACACGUGUGCCAUCAAGGGGAACGAUUUGAAAGAUGACGAAAUCGAGUCGGUUUUGCUAAAGAAGUUCGGAGAAACUCUGUCAAAAGCAAUGAUAUGGUAUCAAUACUUACCCCCAAAUUCUUUUGAUUCGUUUGCUAUGCUUGCAGAUGCUUUUGUGAAUGCGCAUGCCGGGACCAUCAAGGCCGAGAUCAGAAAAUUGGAUCUUUUCAAGGUAAAACAAAGAGACAACGAAAUGCUCUGGGAGUUCGUAUCAAGGUUCCAAAUGGAACGGAUGGACUUGCCUGCGGUUGCGGAUGAUUGGGACGUUCAGAUCUGGGCAUCACCCUACGAGGAACAAGAGAGGAGUGAUCAAGGCCACAGUAGCCGGGGCUCGAUGAGCAACAAUGGUUUCGAUAGGCCACUCGGGGCCAGGGAGGCACCAAGGUUAUCGGUAUAUAAUUUCAAUGUCGAUGCUCCCAGCAUCGUAUCUGCCAUCGAGCACAUCAAGGAUACCAAGUGCCCUCAACCAUUGUUGUCCGACCCUACCCAGAGAGACCCUAACUUGAUGUGUAAAUAUCAUGGCACUCAUGUCCACAGGACCGAGGAAUGCUGA